CGCGGAGCGAGAGAGGGAGAGGCCAGUGAGAGCCUGCCUUCACUCACCUCCUGGUAACCACCCGGUACGCUCGUCCACAUCUCAGGCCACAGGUCACCAAAUCAGCCAAAAUGUACGCUGCCAGACUUGCUCUCCCCGCUGCCAGGACUGCCGCCGUUGUGAGGAGCCAGGCCCUGGUGCGCCCCAUGGCAGUCACCACCACCCGCACCCUGCAGACCACCACCACCUCCAGGGACAUUGACUCCGCUGCCAAGUUCAUUGGUGCCGGUGCUGCCACUGUGGGUGUGGCCGGCUCUGGUGCUGGUAUUGGCUCCGUGUUCGGCUCCCUCAUCAUCGGCUAUGCCCGCAACCCCUCCCUGAAGCAGCAGCUCUUCUCAUAUGCCAUCCUGGGAUUCGCCUUGUCUGAGGCUAUGGGUCUGUUCUGUCUUAUGAUGGCCUUCCUGCUCCUCUUUGCCUUCUAAGCGUGUGACCUGCGUGCCGUGGUGUCUGGUCGCUGCCACCGCCACCGGCAGCUGCCUGGCCUCCCCGGUGGACCGUCGCUCACCCUCUGGGCUGAGAUCAACAUCUAAUUUAUGUAAGGGUGAGGGAGGGUUCCUUGGUGAGGCAAGGUAUUCCCAGGAGACCAGCAAGGAAAGCUUUGGAUGUAUAUAAGGAGUAAAUUAAGCUGUUUCCAUUUUGUUGGUACAUUGUGUAUCGAGUCAGGCAAUGCCAAAACACUCCUUUUGGGGGGAAUGCUAGAGGAAGUCCCUGUGUACAAUUCCAGUGUAUAGAAAAAAAGUUUAUAAAUAAAUCUAAAAUUUUUGUUGCG